CCCCGGUGAGUCCUAAGCCAGGGCAUUCUGCGCCUGCGCCCGCCAACCCGGCGGGCCCCCGGGGUUCCAGGUUCGAGCUUUGAGCUCUCCAUGUCCAAUCGUUCCAUGGGCCAGCGGUUCGGGCCACGAUGACGGAUUACAGCGAGGAGCAGCGCAACGAGCUCGAGGCUCUGGAAUCCAUCUACCCGGACUCCUUCACAGUAUUAUCAGAAAAUCCAACCUGUUUCACUAUUACUGUGACAUCUGAAGCAGGAGAAAAUGAUGAAACUGUCCAGACAACCCUUAAGUUUACUUAUGGAGAAAAGUAUCCAGAUGAAAUGCCUCGUUAUGAAAUAUUCUCCCAGGAAAACCUAGAAGAUAAUGAUGUUUCAGAUAUAGUAAAAUUAUUAGAGUUACAAGCAGAAGAAAACCUUGGCAUGGUAAUGAUCUUCACUCUGGUGUCAGCUGUUCAAGAAAAACUCAAUGAAAUUGUAGAUCAAAUUAAAACUAGAAGAGAAGAAGAAAAGAAGCAGAAAGAAAAAGAAGCAGAAGAAGCAGAAAGGCAAUGUUUCCAUGGCACUCCUGUAACAAUUGAGAAUUUCUUAAGUUGGAAGGCCAAGUUUGAUGCAGAGCUCUUAGAAAUUAAAAGGAAAAGAAUGAAGGAAGAAGAACAAGCUGGAAAAAAUAAAUUAAGUGGAAAACAGCUAUUUGAAACAGAUCACAAUCUUGACACAUCUGAUAUCCAGUUCCUGGAAGACGUUGGUAACAGUGUGGAAGUAGAUGAAUCUUUGUUCCAAGAAUUGGAUGACUUGGAACUGGAAGAUGAAGAGGAUGAUCCUGAUUAUAAUCCAGUUGAUUUAGAAAGUGACUAGUGUGGCUCAGCUGACUAAUGAACUGGUGGUGUCAGCAGUGUGCAAGUCCCUGUCCUUGUAUCUCCACUUGCAGAGAAGCUGGAAUGCCACAGCAUCUGUGGCUUUGCUGAGCGUGUGUUGGUUUCCUUUUCUUUUUUCUAAGAAAAAUAUAAUUUUAAUUUUCAGGAGGAUAUUCUUCUGAUGACUUUCAUCAUUGUACUUUAAUAAAUUGACUUGAAAAUUUCAA